UUGUCUUUUUUUAUUUUUUUUAAUGGAACAAAUGUUUUUAUUCAAGUUGUUUGUUUCAUGAGAGAAAAUAUAUACACCACACUACUUUUUUGUUGUAGUAAGAGUAUGAGAUGGAGUGUUCAAUUCGACUAAGGAUAUUAUCUUCCCUAACCAAAUAAAGAUGGGUGUGUUCUUCUUUCUAUUUUACUCUUACUUUGCUUUUAUUUGAAUUUUCAUACUUUUGAGAUUUGAAGGUUAUAAUUAAACUAAUCCUCAUAAAUCUUUUCUUAAUAUAUAAACACAGGCACACACGUAUGAUAAUGAUGAAUUUUUCACAUGUUAAACUCUCUUUUUUCCUCUUCCUUUCUAAAAAGAAAAAAGUGGCUAAAAUGAUUAGUUCCAUCAUAAUCUCAAUGUCUUGACCAUUAUUCAAACACACACAAACAAAAAAGAAAGAGAAAAUCAGAGAAAAGUCUAAAGAAACAAGAAUAUAAAUUAUACAAGUAACAGAAAGCUAUAAAGGGUGUAGUUAUAUAUAAAUAUAUAUAUUGUUAAUUUAUUGGAUGGAUGAGCAAAAUUGGUCAUUUGUAAGGCCAUUAAUGGAGUUGAAUGAAGAGCUGAAAUGUGUGAUUGAGAGAGCAUGGGCUAUACAUGGUAAGCUCAACAGUGAAAUCGAACAGAGUAUUAAGCUCUGUAAGGUUUGUUCAGAGCAUGGUCGCUUAUGCGAUGUAGCAGAUCAGAUCCCAGUUGAGGAAAGGGAGAGCUUGAUUGGCAUAAGAGAUUCAUUGAAGCAAGUUGAGAACACCCUUUUGUUUCAACACAAACUACUGUGUUGGCAAGAGAAAGAGAAAAAUGAAGCUGUAAUUUAUUUGAAAGAAAGCAGAAGAGCUUUAAUUGAGUUGGUGAGGAGUUAUGAAGGGAAAUCACCACCACCAAAUGUGUUAAGAGAGUUAAAUGAAUGUUUUGGUAAUCAAAAUAUAGUUCUUCACAGCUUUAAAGAUGGUGAAGAAGAAGCCAAUAACAACAGAUGGUGGAAUAAGUACUAUUGGCCAAAACCUUUUGGAUUUUCAAUCAAGUGUUUAAUAUUUUUGGGUACCAUAUCAUGUAUGAUUAGUUUUAGUCAUUAUUAUAGGAGUUCCAACCCCAAAGUUGUUGCUUCAUUUUCGGAUUCAAAACAAGCUCAAGUCUCAAGGUCAAGGACCAAAGAUCCUCCUUUCAAUGUUUUUCAGGCCAGGGGUUGAGUUAGUACUAAUUAAACAUAUUUUGUUUUUUAAUUGGAAGAAGGAUUCUAAUUAAUUCUUCGAAUGAUGCUUGAUAAGUUAUUAUAUACUUUUUUAUUUUUUUUGUAA